GUGUUUGGACAGAGAUUCAGGAGCCUCCUUUUUUUGCGGAGCUUCAACCGUCCUCCGACGCACGGGCAGUCAUUCGGUGUGGAUGAACGAAAGACGGCGUUCCUUCUGACACUUUCCGACGGAUAAGCUAGAUGUUCAACGGACGGCUCGAGCCAGCAUGUUUAUGAUGAUGCGCGCUGAAGCGGUGUGUGUUGCUAUAAUUAACGGCUAGGCGGCGGUGGAUUUACAACCUGCAAUUUUAUGUGAAUUGCUGGCAAAGCGUCUCAUCGGAGCAAAAAGAAAAGCCGCAUCUGAAAAGUUAGCCUACCUAAAUGAAAAUGUCCUCGACUCAUCUAAAUUCCCCUUCGCCGAACAAAAGCAACCUUUUUACGGCGACUUACGAGCGAACAGACCAGUUGGAAGUGAAGCGGCAGGUCAGCCUUGCGCUGUUCGGUUUAUGUCUCUCAAUCGCAGCUGUCACCUUCGUUGGCGGCGUGUAUUCCCUCAUCUCGCUCCUCCGUACAACGAGAAAAACCUCGCUCAGCAUCAUCGUGGCUUCGAUGUCCGUGGACGACCUGCUGAGCGUGAUCCCCCUGUCUCUCUUCAUGCUCCACCAGUGGGAGAGAGCCCACGAGAGAGACACGGCGACCAUCUGCACGCUGUCUGGACUUCUCUACGUCUUCCAGGGACUGUCCAGCAACAUGAAGGCUUGUCUCAUCGCAGUUUACACCUUUUAUGUCACAAAAAGGUUUGGAAUUCUUCAGUCACUCCGGAGACCGCUGAGAGUGAUGUGGGCGAUCGUCGGCGUGUGGGUCUUCAGCCUGGCCGUCAGUGUGUUACCUUUGUGCGGCUUGGGAAGUUUCACACCGGCCUCUCUGGGUUGCUUUCCCGAGAGCGAGGGCUUCUACGUCCCGCUGCUGUUCUCGCUCUACAGUUUCUGUUUCUGUGGUAUGGUGAUCUUCUUCGUUCCUCUCACGUAUCAUCUGAUGUGCUCCCGUGAGCCUCACCGGACGUUCUACCCGAGUUAUUUCGAAAUAGCGACAGGACCGAGCCGGGACGGAUCUGAUCCCCUGUGCGACCUUCCCUCGCUCUCCCGGGAGAGCUUGAAUAAAAGUUUCGGUGCCUACAGCGAGCUGCGCCCGGGUUCUCUAGGCAUGGGACUCGAACUGAGAGGCAACGUGGACACGUUCACCUGCACGACGCCCGCUUCGGUCGGUGGACCGAGGGACGGAUUACCGGAUUCACCGGUGCUUUUUGCACAAAAGCGCUUUUCUAUGAUUCUAGCGGUGGUUCGACUCUUUCUAUGGAUGCCAAUGAUGACGCUGGUGCUCGUGCGCCACGCCGUGAACGCGCGCAGCGCCUCCCUAGAGACCCUGAGCUUUUUCCUGACCUUGCUCGCGCCCGCGGUCACGCCGGUGUUCGUGCUCUCCAAGCGGUGGAUCCACCUUCCGUGCGGUUGCUUCAUCAAUUGCCGGCGGGAUCCAGCGCAUGAGACCCCCGCGAUGAAACGGAGGUUCGAAUUUAACCUCUCGUUCCAGCAAGGUUACGGGAUUUACAAGAUAUCCCAGGCUACUGAAUAUAACAACAGCCCAUCCGUGGAAAAACCGUCCUAUCACAACCUCUUCAAUUGUAACUUGAGCGACAAUCGCCUUCACGUGCUGGACAGCGCUGCUGUCUCCAGCCUUCAGGCCCAGCUCGACUUCAGGACCCUGCGCGCGGCGGACAGCUCCUCGCUCAACGCAGAGCUUGAACCGGUGAAUGGAAGUGGGGAGGCGCUUGCGGAUUGUUUGCCGUUCCUUCACGGAAACCAAGAUGUUGACGACCGCUUCUGCGGCGUUCCUUCUCCGCCAUCCCUCUUGAGCCACCACCGCGAUGGCGAGGAUCACAACCUCACGGACACUUCGAUAUUGAACUUUCUCGAGCCCCAACUCUAA